AUGUCGCUCAUUGGCGAUCAUGUCCGCCGUUUGGACUCAUACGUCGACCGGUUACAGCUGCGAGGCCUUGCGGCGGCUGGAGUCGAGACGAGCCAGCGUGAGAUAGCAGCAGCCCAGACGAGCGAGGCCGCCGGAAGAGGCGCAAGGAGGAUACAGAAGAAGCCGGGGAAGACGCAGGAGGAUGUGGGAUCGGUGCACUCGUCGCUCCUUGCGGCUGCCAGAGCUCUGUCUGGCGGACACACGCUGAAGCCCGCCAGGGUGCUGGAGCAUCUGCGCCGUGUCCACCGCCUGCAGCCUGCCAUACAGACAGCCUAUACUGAAGAUAUCGCAGACGAAAGCAUUAUCAGAGAUGGAGGAGACUACGGCGGUGCCGGAGACAGCGCGUACACGGCGAGUUUGCUGUGGUUGGUGGCCUCCAAGGCUACGGUGCAGACGUUUGCCUCUGUCAUGACCUCCAUGGUCGACGAGACCGUCCCCCUAAGCGACGGUAUCUGGUACUGGGACGAGGUGCUUGGGUCUGCCUUCUACUCGGGCCUCUACACCCUCCAGACGGCGCCGGCGCGCUGGGCGAGCUACCUGAUCAGCAUAUAUCGGACCACCCGGCAGACGGGCAGCAAUGGCAGCAGCAGCAGCAGCGCUGCGGAGGACCUUAGUGUGGGCAGCGGACUCCACGAUGGCACCACCCUGAUCGCGCGAUGGCGGACCUUCUACCGGCUCGUCCACCACGGCGUGAGGGCUCGCUCCGUCACCCAUGCCAAAGAGCUCGUCCUCUCCCCCUUCCAGCUGUCCCGGUCCCGGGCUCGAGCCAGCCGCAGUGGCCUGCGCAGGCUGAGGGAGAUGACCGCGUGUGCGGUCGGCCUGCUCAUGGAGGAGGGCCUGCUGUUUGACGUGGCUGACGAGGACGAUGCCAUCACGCCUGUUCUCGCCAGCACUGGUGCUGCUCCUGAUUCUACUUCUUCAUUAAAGAAGCAUGGCAGCCCAGACGAAUGGCGCGUUAUCGUCUCGCGGACCACCUUGCUCAUGCAGACCGUCCUGCAGCACGUCAACAACCUGGACGCCGACCUGACCGGGUUCGAAGACAAUGUCUUUUCCGCCGUCGAAAGCGGGAUACAGGCCAUGGAGGAUUCGCUCAUCAUUGAAGGGACCGGGGCCGGGACAGGACGCUCUCCCAACCCAACCGACCAGGCAUACCAGGUCAUCCAGCAGCUCGUCGACGUGCUCGAGCACCAUCUCCCUCGCCAGCAGGAGCAGUGCCGCCUGCUGGCCCGCAACUAUGCCCGCCCUUCCAGGCUGACGCGCUACUGGCCUGCUGCCUUGGGCCUCCUUCUCUCCUCCAGCACCGUCCUGAAUAUCCUCACCAGCAGACGGGCAGAGAUGGUCACCUGGCUGCGCGAGCUCGGGUCGACCGUGUCCGACUUUUGGACGAACUGGAUAAUCGAGCCCCUGACCAGGCUGGUAGGCACCAUCCGGCAUGACGAGAAGAGCGAAGUCGCCCUCAUGAGCAAGAACAGUCUUGACGCCGACUUCUCCAGCCUCGAGCGCAUGGUCGUCGACUUCGUCCGCACCCGGCCGUCCCAGGACCUCGGGCUCUCUGACCACCCCGAUGCCCUCGACCUCAUCCGCCAGGGGGUACGGCAGGGCGACCUGACGCCCGUCCUACGAGCGUACGAACGAGACCUGCAGCGGCCCUUCAUCGGCGCCAUCCGCGGCGACCUCGUCACUGCCUUGCUCAUCCAGAUCCAGAAAACCAAAGUCGACGUCGAGGUGGCCAUCAGCGGCAUAAACUCCAUUCUCAAGAGCCAAGAGCUUGUUUUUGCCUUCAUCGGACUUACCCCUAGUAUUCUGGUAUCCUACGCAACCGUACAGUGGGCUGCCGGCCUCCUCGGCAGCAGGAGAGGGCUGCGGCAGGGCCAGCGGCGUAGUGAAAUCGUCCGUUCUCUCCGAACCAUCAACCGGAUUCUGAUGAGCUCUCCACCAUCACAAACUGGGGUCCUCUCAUACAAGGAUCACGGCCUCCUGAUAUGCGAGACCGAGACGUUACGGCGGAGAGCCGAGAGAGUCCUACCAGGAGCCAUCUACCAUGAGUUCCACGAGGACCUGAACGACCUACUGAACGUGAGGUCCGGCAUCGCCCACCAGAUGAAGGUGGUCGACCAGAUCCGGUGGACAUACUCUAAGUGGCUCUACUCGUAG